UGUUGUCCUUGGUUGUCGCGCCAAGCACCUCCGGGUUCCUCCAUUCAUUGGAGAUAAGUUACAUGUGCCAAAACAAAUAUUAAUAUUUGGGCGAGCGAAGAAAAGAGUCGUUUGUUUUUUAUAAAGUGAUAGCCGGUUGAAUCAGCCGCUGACUGCGACAGACAUGGACGACUCGCACAAGAAACAGAAGCUAGGCAACGCUGCCGAAAACUGGGGAAUGCAACGUGCAACUAAUGUCACCUAUCAAGCUCAUCAUGUCAGCCGAAACAAGCGCGGGCAGGUUGUUGGCACAAAAGGAGGUUUCAGAGGAUGCACCGUUUGGCUGAGUGGUUUGUCUGGUGCAGGUAAGACCACAGUGAGCAUGGCUCUGGAGGAGUACCUGGUGUGUCACGGUAUUCCCUGCUACUCACUGGAUGGGGACAACAUCCGUCAGGGGCUGAACAGAAACCUAGGCUUCAGCCCAGAGGACCGUGAAGAGAACAUUCGGCGCAUUGCUGAGGUGGCUCGGCUUUUUGCUGAUGCUGGGCUGGUCUGCAUCGCCAGCUUCAUCUCGCCCUACAGCAGGGAUCGCCUUAAUGCCAGGAAGAUCCAUGAGGCAGCAGGGCUGCCUUUCUUUGAGGUGUUUGUGGACGCUCCACUGGAUGUCUGCGAGAAGAGGGACGUGAAGGGCCUGUACAAGAGGGCCAGAGCGGGAGAGAUACGAGGUUUCACUGGGAUUGACUCGGAGUACGAGAAGCCAGAGGCCCCGGAGCUGGUGCUGAAGACCGCCUCCUGCACUGUGAAUGAGAGCGUACAACAGCUCGUUGACCUGCUUCAGGAGAAGGAUAUCGUUCCCAUUGAUGCCUCUUAUGAAGUGAAAGAGCUGUACGUUCAGGAGAAUAAACUGGACCUGGCUAAGGCGGACGCAGAGACUCUGCCUGCUGUACAGAUUGGGAAGGUGGACAUGCAGUGGGUGCAGGUGCUGGCUGAAGGCUGGGCAACUCCUCUCAAUGGCUUUAUGAGGGAGAGAGAAUAUUUGCAGUGUCUUCAUUUUGACUGUCUGCUGGAUGGUGGCGUCAUCAACCUGUCGGUGGCUGUGGUGCUGCCUUUGUCAUCGGCAGAUAAAGAGCGUUUAGAUAGCGCGACAGCGAUGGCUUUGGUCUACGAAGGCAGGCGAGUGGCCAUCCUCCGCAACCCGGAGUUUUAUGCACACCGCAAAGAAGAGCGAUGUGCUCGUCAGUGGGGCACCACCUGCAAAGACCACCCUUACAUCAAGAUGGUGAUGGAAAGUGGCGACUGGCUGGUCGGGGGAGAUCUGCAGGUUCUGGACAAGAUCUACUGGAACGACGAACUCGAUCACUACCGGCUGACACCUAUUGAGCUCAAACAGAAGUUUAAAGAAAUGAAUGCUGAUGCCGUCUUUGCCUUCCAGCUCCGCAACCCGGUCCACAACGGCCACGCUCUUCUGAUGCAGGACACCCACAAGCGUCUCCUCGAGCGCGGCUACCGCCGGCCUGUCCUGCUCCUCCACCCGCUGGGAGGCUGGACCAAGGACGACGACGUGCCGCUGCACUGGCGGAUGAAGCAGCACGCCGCUGUGCUGGAGGCGGGCGUCCUGAAUCCAGAUGCUACUAUCGUGGCCAUCUUUCCUUCACCCAUGAUGUAUGCCGGGCCAACUGAGGUUCAGUGGCAUUGCAGAGCUCGAAUGGUGGCCGGAGCCAACUUCUACAUCGUGGGCCGGGACCCUGCGGGCAUGCUCCACCCUGACACGGGAAAGGACCUGUACGAGCCCACUCACGGCGCCAAGGUCCUCACCAUGGCACCGGGCCUCAUCAGCCUGGAGAUUGUCCCAUUUAAGGUCGCCGCUUACAACAAGGUCAAGAAAGCAAUGGAUUUUUAUGACCCCAAAAACCACACAGAUUAUGAUUUCAUCUCGGGCACACGGAUGCGUAAGAUGGCUCGCGAGGGAGAGAAUCCUCCCGACGGCUUCAUGGCGCCGAAGGCUUGGUCUGUGCUGAAGGACUACUAUAAGUCACUGGAGAAGGCUUAAAGGUCGAGUUCCAGAUGAAAGGAACAUGGAAAGACAUUGACUAACAGGAUUAAUGUGGGGACCACUCAUCGGCUGUCGGAAACAUCACGCUCUGGCUUCCGUCUGUCACUUCCACCCUCAACCGAACAUUAACUGUUUUUUGUAGUCUUAUGACAAUACUGUUUUAACUUGAUGUACUUUUAUUUCACUAAACUCACUUUGAUAAUGAAUUAUAGUAAAAAGCAGUCGGCAUACUGUUGAAUUGGUUUAAAAAAAAAAAAAAGGACAAACGGAAGCAUUUCUUGAGAGUAGAUGUGUGUGUUUCUCACUAACGUUCUAACUGUACAUUCUGUUAACUAGAGAUUUAAAAAUCAUGGCUUGUAAGGAUGGAAAGUACUGUUGACCAGUAUUUGAAAAGGCGUGGAUGAAUGUUGAGUAUUCGUGAUGUUAAAAUUCAUAAAGUUACUUCACGAUUGAAACUCCAGAAAGUUACUCUGUACUUUUUUGCAAGUGGCAGUAGCAAUUGCUAAAAAUUUGGAGAACACAAGUAUUUGAUGUAAAAGUCGAGUGCCUUGGUCCUCGCAAAGUGAAUUCACAUGAUGUCUUGUUUGAAUUACGACACACACACACCUGCUUCUCAUCUCACUUGUCUUUGUUAUACUGUCUGAUGCGGUCCAGUAUCACAAGAAAUAGGCUGCAAGACAAGAGGAUUUUAUUUGGUUUGCAACCAGAAUCUUCAUGAAUUUCUUUGAAAUGUAAAAAAAAAAAACCAUGUUAUUGGUCUAUUAUUAUUAUUAUUGUUGUGUCCCUAACAUUUCUUUCUCCUUUUAACGGUGCUCUGCAUGUAUUUUUUGUGCUUUUAAUUUGUCUCAACAGUCUUGAUAUUCUGUUAUAUUUCCAUCAUUUUUUCUUCUUCUAUGGGUUACUAAUAUUGCCGGCCUGUAUAGUCAGAUUGUUGACGGUUACAUCAAGGGAUCAGAUUUGUAAUCAUCCUUGUCCAAUAAACCAUUUUUUAUCAAACAAGAA